AGCCGCCGCAACACGCAUCACUCGCAUUCAGGACUUCACUGACUUCAGUGCAACCUACAAACGAAGCAUCAUGAGGCUUAUGUUCGUGGCCGCCAGUCUGGUGGCUCUUCUGGCCACCGCUCAUGCGGAAGAAGCCAAGAAAGCAGAAAAAGAAGUGGCAGUGACUGACAACAAGGACAGCAAAGGAGCUGAGGAGAAGAAACACGAGAAGCGUGGACUCUUCGAUAUUGGACUGGGUUACGGUCACGGAGGAUUCGAGGGAGGAUUCGGCGGCAGCUACGGAGGCAGCUACGGAGGCGGCUACGGAGGCGGCUGGGACCACGGCCACGACACGCACAAGACCAUCACUGUGGUCAAGAAUGUCGCGGUGCCCUACCCCGUCGAGAAACACAUCCCCGUCCCGGUAGAGAAGCACGUCCCCUACCCCGUCAAGGUGCACGUCCCCGCCCCCUACCCCGUCGUCAAGCACGUCCCUUACCCCGUCAAGGAGGUCAUCAAAGUACCAUACCAUGUUCCCCACCCCUACCCCGUCGAGAAGAAGGUACCUUACCCCGUCCAUGUCCCUGUAGACAGGCCCUACCCCGUCAAGGUAUACGUUCCCCAGCCCUACCCCGUUGAGAAGCACAUCCCAGUGCCCGUAAAGGUCCCCGUCCCUGCCCCCUACCCAGUUGAAAAGAAAGUCCCGUACCCAGUCAAGGUACCCGUCCAUGUGCCCGCCCCCUACCCCGUUGAGAAGAUUGUCCACUACCCAGUGAAGGUCCCCGUCGACAGGCCUUACCCCGUCCAUGUCCCCAAGCCUGUGCCUUACCCAGUUGAGAAGCCAGUGCCCUACCCGGUUGAGAAGCCAGUCCCUUACCCAGUCAAGGUUCCCGUUGACAGGCCCGUCCCCGUGCAUGUCGAGAAGCCCGUUCCCUACCCCGUCAAGGUCCCCUACCCAGCCCCCUACCCCGUCGAGAAGCUGGUCCCGUACCCAGUGGAGAAGCACGUGCCCUACCCCGUGAAGGUGCCCGUCGACAGGCCCUACCCAGUCCACAUUGAGAAGCACGUCCCGGUGCACAUCGAGAAGCCCGUGCCGUACCCAGUGAAGGUUCCUUACCCAGUCCACGUCAGCCAUGGUCACGGCCACGAAUAUGGUCAUCAUGAUAGCUACUAAACAGGCUGCAGGAAGCAGACUAAUGAAUGUGAUAUAAUUAUAAGAGUAGCACUAGCAGCGAGCGGGAGGCGUGCGGCGGCGGACAGUGGCGCGGCCAGGUCGCGCCCGCACGCCUCGCGAACGAACCCGCACUACGGAAUAAUACUCCUUUUUUAUAGUCUAUUUUUAUUUUUGUUGUGAUUUUAAUUUUAGCAAAUUGGUGACUGCGAUGUUUGAGUUGAUGUACCUGUUAUUUUAUCUUUUAAAAUUCAAAUUUCUCACUAUAAUGUUCUCUCUAUGAAAACUUAUUUUAUUGCGAACGGAAAUGCGAAAUAAAUAGAGGCUAUGCCAAAAUUAAAUAACAA